AUGGGCGACGAGAUUGUCAUUGAUAAAACAGCCUUCUUCAAUCGUCUCUCGAGCUUCUAUGCAGCAUGGAAGGCAGACAAACGAUCCACCAACUCUGUCUUUGGCGGUGCGGGAUCUAUCAUUAUCCUGAUGGGGAAGACGGAUGAAGCAAACAGCUAUCAAAAGAACAAUGCUAUACAUUUUUGGUUACUCGGCUACGAAUUCCCAGCUACACUUUUCGUCUUCACACCGGAGGUUAUGUACGUUGUGACAACAGCGAAGAAAGCCAAACAUUUAGAACCCUUGAAGGGUGGAAAGAUCCCGGUCGAGAUUCUGGUAACGACUAAGGAUCAGGAAGAAAAGACGAGAUUGUUUGAAAAGUGCGUGGAUAUAAUAAAGUCCGCUGGGAAUAAGGUUGGGAUCUUACCGAGAGACACAACCACAGGUCCAUUUGUGGAAGACUGGAAGCGCGUAUAUGGAAAGAUAUCCGGCGAUGUAGAAGAAGUCGACAUUUCGCCCGCUCUUUCAGCCGCAUGCUUUUCGGUCAAGGAUACGGAUGAACUAGUGUCCAUAAGGAAUGCAUCUAGAGCUUGCAGUGGUCUGAUGUCCGAUUAUUUUGUCGAUGAAAUGUCUCGCUUGCUAGACGAAGAAAAGCAAAUGACGCAUAAAGCUCUAUCUAUGCGUAUUGACGCCAAGAUUGAUGACGCUAAAUUUUUCAACAAGCUCGCAAAACUACCGUCGGAAUUUGAUCCUCAGCAAAUCGAUUGGGCUUAUGGUCCCGUCAUUCAGAGUGGCGGGAAAUAUGACUUGAAGUUAACAGCUGUGUCUGAUGACAACAAUCUGGAACCCGGAAUCAUCAUUGCUGGAUUCGGCAUUCGCUACAAAACCUACAGUUCUAUCAUUGGGCGCACCUACCUGGUUGACCCGACAAAGUCCCAAGAGGCAAACUAUUCCUUGCUCCUAAGUGUCCAUGAGGCUGUUUUGAAGGAGGCUCGUGAUGGUGUGGUCGCCAAGGAGCUCUACAACAAGGCAAUUGGAAUUGUGCGAGCUAGGAAGCCGGAACUCGAAUCCCACUUCGUGAAAAAUGUCGGUGCUGGUAUAGGUAUUGAGCUUCGAGAUUCGAACAUGAUUCUCAAUGGGAAGAACACCCGGGUUUUGAAGAGUGGGAUGACAUUUUCUAUCACGGUCGGGCUGGUGGAUGUUGAAGAGCCGAGCGUGAAGGACAAGAAAAAGAAUGUCUAUUCAAUGAUGAUCACGGACACCGUUCGGGUUGGAGAACAGGGACCUCACGUAUUCACCAAGGACGCGGGCAUUGAUAUGGACUCUGUGUCCUUCUAUUUCGGUGACGAAGAAGAGCCACAGAAACCUGCAAAGGAGAAGAAAGAAACCAAAUCGAGUGCGAUUGCGAGCAGGAAUGUCACGAGGACAAAGCUCCGCGCUGAACGUCCUACGCAGGUAAAUGAGGGAGCAGAGGCGCGGCGCCGCGAGCACCAAAAGGAGUUGGCCGCUAAAAAGACCAAGGAGGGUUUAGACCGAUUUGCAGGUACCACUGGCGAUGAUAAUGGAGUCACGCAGAAGAAGUUCAAGAGAUUCGAGUCCUACAAGAGGGACAAUCAAUUGCCAGCCAAAGUCAAGGAUCUCACAGUUUAUGUGGAUCACAAGGCAUCUACUGUUAUUGUUCCCGUAAUGGGUCGACCAGUCCCUUUUCACAUCAAUACCAUCAAGAACGCUAGCAAAAGUGAUGAAGGGGAGUACGCCUAUCUUCGCAUCAACUUUCUUUCCCCAGGACAGGGUGUGGGAAGGAAAGACGACCAGCCAUUUGAAGAUCUGUCAGCACAUUUUCUAAGGAAUCUCACUCUCAGAUCGAAGGAUAAUGAUCGAUUUGCGCAGGUAGCUCAGGAUAUUACUGAGCUCAGGAAGAAUGCCCUGCGCCGUGAGCAGGAAAAGAAAGAGAUGGAGGAUGUGGUUGAGCAAGACAAGCUAGUUGAGAUCAGAAAUCGUCGCCCCGUGAAGUUGCCUGAUGUUUACCUUCGACCUCCGCUUGACGGUAAACGAGUACCCGGUGAGGUUGAAAUACACCAGAAUGGUCUUCGCUAUGUCUCUCCCUUCCGCAACGAACACGUCGAUGUGCUGUUCAGCAAUGUUAAACACCUUUUUUUUCAGCCUUGCGCUCAUGAGUUAAUUGUCUUGAUCCACGUCCAUCUCAAGACUCCUAUCAUGAUUGGCAAGAGAAAGACUAGAGAUAUUCAGUUCUACAGGGAGGCUACCGAGAUGCAAUUCGACGAGACCGGGAACCGAAGGCGAAAGCAUCGCUAUGGGGAUGAAGAAGAGUUUGAGGCCGAGCAAGAGGAGAGGAGGCGUCGGGCAGCUUUGGACAGAGAGUUCAAAGCAUUUGCUGAGAAGAUAGCUGAUGCUGGCAAGGAUGAGGGUGUUGAUGUCGAUAUUCCUUUCAGAGAAAUUGGCUUCACCGGUGUCCCUAAUCGGUCGAAUGUUCUGAUUCAGCCAACCACAGAUGCACUCGUUCAACUGACUGAGCCUCCCUUCCUGGUCAUCAGUCUCAACGAAAUUGAGAUUGCGCAUCUAGAGAGGGUGCAGUUUGGCCUCAAGAAUUUCGACCUUGUCUUCGUUUUCAAGGACUUCCACAGGGCACCAGUGCAUAUUAACACAAUUCCUGUGGAGAAUCUGGAAGGUGUGAAGGAUUGGCUUGAUUCUGUGGAUAUCGCGUACACAGAAGGGCCUCUCAAUCUGAAUUGGACUACGAUUAUGAAGACAGUUGUCAGUGACCCGUACGGCUUCUUUGCUGACGGUGGGUGGUCUUUCCUGGCUGCCGAAUCGGAUUCCGAAGACGGCUCCGAUGAAGAGGAGGAAUCCGCUUUCGAGCUCUCUGAGUCAGAACUUGCCGCAGAUGAAAGCUCAGAGGAGGAUAGUGACUACGAUGACGAUGCUAGUGCUGACGAUGAUUUCAGUGCGGAUGAAGAUGAGAGUGGAGAGGACUGGGACGAGCUGGAACAUCAGGCCAAAAAGAAGGAUAGAGAAAGCGGAUUGGACGAUGAAGACCGAGGCAAGAAGCGAAAGAGGUGA